AUGAACAUUUCCGAAGUUGACAGAACAUUGUUGAAUUCAACAAAUGUGUAUAAUGCAAGUAAUGGAGAGUAUCAUGUUAAUCAAAAUUUGAACAGAACCUAUAUUCAUAAUUCAAAGCAUCACAAGCUAAUAGAAACUCCUCAAGGAUUGAAAGUGGUUAUUGAUAAGAAGGCAAAUGAUUUGGAUAAAGUUUUUUAUGCUAGAGGAAAAGUUGUACCGCCUGAUGAAUUAUUGGAUAUGAUGAAGCUUGAUAGUAUAAAAAUACCCAUGAAACUAAGGGAAGAGUUUAAAGAGGACACUAAAUUGCCAGACUCAGAUUUGUUGAAAGUGAUCCAUUACUUUGUUAGUAAGAAGUUGGGAGAGCAGACGAGUAAAGGCGAUACAAACAAAAUGGUGCAGUCUAUGGAUGAGACUGCUCUAAUUGCAAUGGGGUUAUUAAUAGAGUCAUGGUGCGAGGAGUUGAUCACUGAUGAGACAGCAAGACAUUUUCUCACAACACACAAGGAUGACCCAACUAUUUUACUCUCUGAUGAAGAAAGUGACUCUAAGGUGAAUAAUGAGGAUGUACAAUAUGAACACGAAGAAUAA